CUAAGUCUUAAAACUGCUAUGCGUCCAGCCCAGGGAGCAGCGCAGGAUAUGCGGCUGGUGAUCUCGAAUGCGCAUCCAUCAACCGCCCUUCCUGCAAUACCUGUGCAACAGCGACGAGCUUGUUAUGAGGCGCGUCACGAGCGGCUCACGAUAUGCCCUGCGUAGCUACAGGCGCCCGCGGCUAUGCCUGUGCUAGAAAUUUCAAAGGCGCGUUCAAGCGCAACGUGCACCCGGUGCUCGCGUGUGAGCUAGGCAAGGCCGCGGCUGAGGUGCACGAGUGUGAGAGCAUGACGUACCCCGAUAUGCACGACACGGUGGUAGAGGUGGAUGGUGGAUACCACAGCGGGAGGCGGAUUGGCAGAUCUUCCAUUGUCUGUCUAAUAAACUCACCAAUUACCACUGCCCGUAAUCCACAAGACGCCGCAUCCUCCGCUGAGAAAAGUAAGAUAGCGGUGGAGGGCCGUGCUGCCCUCAACAGCUGUGGGUAUCUCACCAGCAACGCGGUCGUCGCGCCCCUAGCUCUUGUGGCCUGCAAUACUUGUCGUAUUGUUCACGAGCCUCUUAGUCGCGCACACAGUGUUGCUUCGUUACUCCGGGGUUUGUGCGCCCGCUCCGCCCGUGAUGAUGCGACCUUGCUGCCCAUGAGAAGGGUAUGA